AUGGGUCUUUGCUCGCUCGAUGUUUCAACAGAAAAUGAUUUUUCGACCCAACGACCAUUCUGGGUUAUCGCAGUUGGCUCUCUGCGUGAGGAUGUUCGCGCCGAGUGUCGAGUGGCUCCCCGAGUUCGAUCCCCAUCUCGCGAAAAGUCGAGGGCAGCAUUUGCUCAGCAUGAAAUACGCUGCCUCCCACGUGUUCGUCAUCCUCGGCUCCUAAGGCUCAUCGCCUUUCUAAAAAUUGAUUUUCCAGGCUUUUUCACAGGGUUAGCUUAUGGGCUAGCAGGUACAAAAGCAUGGCUCACAAUCACAAUCACGCUGCAUGAAAAAUUGGAUUUUAAGUUCGAGAGAAAAGGUCGCAACCUUCGAUGCCUGCCAGACGACGUAGGAACAUGCGGUCUUCCCGAGGUCGAUGCACGUAAGAAGAUGAGAGAGAUGAGGGUCGACGGCGAAGGCGAUGAAGACGAGAGACUAGAACCUCUCUAUGUUUCUUUCCACGAUGAAGAAUGGGGAGUUCCUGUGCAUGAUGACCGGAAGCUCUUUGAGCUGCUGGUGUUGGCAAUGGCAUUUGCUGAACUAAGGUGGCCCGUUAUUCUUAGAAAAAGAAUGAUAGGAUACAUUGUUUUUAACUUAUACAGGAAAAUAUUUGUCAAUUUUGACCCUCAAUCUGUUGCAAAGUUUGAUGAGAAAAAGCUAAUUACAAUCAAAACUAGUGGCAACACUUUGCUAUCUGAACAGAAAAUGUGUGCAGUUGUCGAGAAUGCAAAGCAUAUGCUUAAGGUCAUUGAGGAAUUUGGAUCAUUCAAUCACUACUUUUGGAGCUUUGUGAAUCACAAACCAAUUCUAAAUGGAUUUAGAUACACACGUCAAGUACCAGUUAAGUCUCCAAAAGCUGAGAACAUAAGCAAGGACUUAAUGCAAUGAGGCUUCCUUGUUGGCCGAACUGUUAUUUAUUCAUUCAUGCAAGCAUCAUUCAUUGUUAAUCAUCAUCUAACAAGUUGCUUCAGAUUUCAAGGUUGCAUCUCAUCACAUGCCAAAGAGUUCAAACCAGCAAACCAUGCGACACUGAGAGAUGAUGAGUAA